AUGCUGAAGCGAAAGCGCGAUAGUGAUGACCUGAAUGUCCCUGAAAAAGAGCACCAGUACCUCGGGUUAAAGGUCUCUGGGCUGAGGGCUAGAGUCACUCGGAGCGUCAAGAGCCUCCACGAUGCUCUGAAGCUUGCUCGAGGCUUCGAGAAGCAGAAACUGGGCCGCCGUCAGAAGAAUGCGAGCGACAACCCUCAAACGUUGCUGCGACUGCGAGAAGAAGUCAUUGUUCUCAAACAGCUGCAACUCGAACAAACGGCGAAGAACCAGCUUCUCAAGCACUUGGCCAGAAUAAAACGUAUCAGGGAGCAUCCUGUGUUUAUCAAGGCCUUUGGACCGGAACCUGUACUGGAACACGUCAAGUCAAGCGCCGAGGCAAAUGUGAUCGGAAGAUUAUUCAAUUCGAAUCCUGUUAAACAGGUUUUACCUGGGAUUAUGAAAACGAUAUAUGACGCUCUUGGGAUUACUCAGACUGGGCAAAUUGCUUCAAAGCAGGCAAAGGAAACAGCCAGUAAACUGAUCAAUCCAGGCGCAAGCUCAGCAGGAGAGGAUGGAUUCAAUGGCUCUCAGACCUGCGGCUCCGAAGACCCGGAGAGUGGACGAAUUAAGGAGUCAUCGGGGCCAGAACUUAAGGAUGACGACAUUCUCGAGUACGCAAAAGGUCACCUAGCGUCUUCCGAAGAGGAAUCUGAGGAGGAAGUCACCGAGGAAGGGUUGCUUCUACGGCAAAAAAGCGCCAAACGAACAGCUGGCCCCGGAAGAUAUGCUAGAAACGAAGAUCUCUCAAUAACACAAUCUCCGAGUGAAACGCCUGAGCCCGACGGUGGACGCCCUCGAGAGGCACAACCGACGAAACCCAUGGCCAAGACCGCAUUUUUACCGUCUCUCAGCAUGGCAGGCUACUAUUCUGGAUCAGAAUCGGAAGAUGACACGAAUGGCUACCGCGGUCCGGCACUGCCCAAACCCCGAAAGAAUCGACGUGGGCAACGCGCCCGACAGCAGAUAGCAGAGCUUAAAUUUGGCAAAAAUGCCAAACACCUCGAGAAACAAAAGCGUCAGGAUGAAAGAAAUACAGGAUGGGACCCAAAGAGAGGAGCGGUGGGUCAAUCCGACCACCCUAGGAACCGGUCCCGCAAUGGGAAACUCAAUCAGAAGCCGACAGGAGGCCAUGUGGUCGCCCGCUCAGAUCAAGCACCCAAGCUGAAGCCGAAGUUGCGAGAUGAUCAGGGACCUCUCCAUCCUUCUUGGGAAGCCGCGAAGAGACGAAAGUUGCAGGAUCAAGGCCAAGCCACCUUCCAGGGCAAGCGAAUAACCUUUGAUUAA